AAAGAACUUGGACCAUGUGGCGCCUUACAAAAAUGUUAUAAGCUUGAUGUAAACGGGGUUUAAAUGGACAACCCAAACGAUGAAUGGCAGUAUUAUGCGAUAAGGUACCAUGUUGCAUACAAUGAAAACGCACGGUUUUAAGUUAGUGCAAAAUUAAUUUGUUUUAAGACUUCCUUGUUGUCAAAUAGGGAACUUCCAAGCCGGGGCAGUGACGCUCGUGCGCGGUGACGUCACCCAUCAUUGUCUGCUCUCGGAUCGGUGUGCUGGAAUGUGAGGGCUAGAAGCGAACAGUGCGGAAAAAAAGUGCAAAUAUAUUUUGUUAAAAGUUUCUAAACAGAAGGUGCGUAUCGACGGAGCGGAGCAUGGCGCAGACGGUCCACCCCGCCGUGGUGUGCAUGUUCGCCCCCCCCGUGGGCAUCCCCAUGGAGGGCGAGGCGCUGGCCGUGCCCCAGCUGGUCAUGCUGGCUAACGUGGCACUAACGGCAGAGGGCGGAGCCUGCGACUUCGGGCUGGAGGAGAAGCAGAUGGUGGAGCUGAAGACCGUGGGCAGCGGCAGCUACACGGACAGCGAGGAGGAGGAGGAGGAGGAGGACGAGGACAGCCUGCUGGGGUACGAGUUCAAGGAGCACGGCGAGAUCCAAACCGCCGUCCUGCACCCGGUGACCCCGCUGCCUCCUGCGGGAGAGGGGGAGGAAGAGGAGGACGAAGGAGGAGAGCAGAGCGGCAGGGCCGGGGCCGGGCAGAGGAAGCGGGCCCCGCCCGGAGACCCGGAGCUCGCCGGCGCCCCCCCGGCGGCCGCCAAGCGCAAGCGGGGGGCCCCCCCCCCCGGCGAAGACCUGCGGAAGAAGAAGCCGUUCCACUGCAAGCCCUGCCAGUACCAGGCGGAGAGCGAGGAGGACUUCGUGCGCCACAUCCGCGUCCACGGCACCAAGAAGCUGGCGGUCGUGGCGGCCACCGAGGGGGAGGAGCCGCAGGGCGAGGCGGGGCCGGAGGCGGGCGCCGCGGCGACCGGGGAGGCGGCGGUCCACAGCAAGGGGGUGAUCCGCUGCGAGCGCUGCGGCUACAACACCAACCGCUACGACCACUACCUGGCGCACCUGAAGCACCACAGCAAGGGCGGGGACAGCCAGCGCGUCUACAGGUGCACCAUCUGCACCUACACCACCGUCAGCCAGUACCACUGGAAGAAGCACAUGAGGAACCACUUCCCCAGCAAGCUCUACACCUGCGCGGAGUGCUGCUACUUCUCCGACCGCAAGAACAACUACGUGCAGCACAUCCGCACCCAUACAGGUGAACGGCCGUUUCACUGUCCUUACUGCCAGUACACGAGCUCUCAGAAGACCCACCUGACCCGGCACAUGAGAACACACUCAGGCGAGAAGCCGUUCAAGUGCGACAACUGCAGCUACGUGGCGGCCAAUCAGCACGAGGUGACGCGGCACGUGCGGCAGGUGCACGGCGGGCCCAAGCCGCUGAGCUGCCCGCACUGCCCGUACAAGACGGCCGACCGCAGCAACUACAAGAAGCACGUGGAGCUGCACGUGAACCCGCGGCAGUUCCUCUGCCCCGUCUGCAGCUACGCCGCCUCCAAGAAGUGCAACCUGCAGUACCACGUCAAGUCCCGCCACCCGGGCAGCGCCGACAUCACCAUGGACGUGUCCAAGGUGCGGCUGCGGGUCAAGGGCCCGGAGGCGGGCGCGGGGGGCGCCGGCCGGAGGAGGGCCCGGAGCGGCCCGGCGGCCAUCGCGGAGGAGCAGGAGGAGCAGGAGGAGGAGCCGCAGAAACGCGGCGGAGGCGCUGGAUACCGAGAGGAGCGGCGGCAGCGGGAGGAGGAGGAGGAGGAGGAGGAGGAGGAGGAUUCCUCAGGGCCCAUCAACCUCUCCAUCAGGAGGACCGGUAAAACCGGCAGCGGGCUCGUCGCCGGAAAGGAGAGGAGGGAGCAGAGCGUUCCGGCGGACAGGGAGGAGGCGCUCCAGGAGAGAGGAGGCGCGGUUAAAGGGGAGGAGCGUAAGACGGAGAAACAGAGAGACCGGGCCGCGCCGGAGAGGAGGAAAGACAGGACUGGCGGGAAGGCCGCCAAGGUCAGCGGAGCGGCCAGGAAGGGCGGGGUGGAGAAGCAGGCGCAGGCGGAGGCUGUUCAAUCAGAGCAGGGGGCGGAUCAGAGCGGCGGGGGGAAGAGGAGACGGGCGGAGCGCAAGGCGGGGAGGCCGAAACGCGAGCAGAGUUCCGGGGCGAUGUCAGACGCCCCGUCGGACCCGGGAGAGGAGAGAAGCGCAGGAGUCGCCGGGGAGGCGGAGGUGAAGAAAGAGAAGAGGAGCGGCGGAAAGAGGAAGAACGCGACUAAGAAGGGGGCGAGGACGGAGCGGAACGUCGCUAUGGAAACGGAGGCGCUACCUGGGGUUCAGGGCGAGAUCCCGGAAGAACCCCCGAAGGAGGAGUCGAAAUCGAAGACCAAAGUGGGGAGAAGGAAGCCGGGGGCCGUGGAAACGGCAGCGCCAGGGAGAGGGGAGCAGCCCGCCUCGGCCACCCGGAGCAAGAGGAGGCGACUGGAGGAGAGCGAGGGAGCGGAGAGCCAGGCCCCCACGCCAAAGCGCCGCAAGGCUGAGAGACGCCCGGCGGGGCGGAGCCAGAAGGCCGCGCCCGAACCCCCGGGUGUGCCCGCGGUGGAGCCCGAAACGACCGGCGAGGGCGCAGAGGAGGAUGCUGGGACCUCACUGUGCAAAGACGGCAGCCCGGUCGCAGAGUUCCGGCUCGUGCUGGAGGAGGAGGAGGAGGAGGAGGAGGAGCAGACGGCGGACCGGCUCCAGAGCCCAGAGGGCAUGGGGGCUUUAGCCGGGCCGAGCUCAGGGCAGGAGGAGCCGGAGGGGGCGGGGGCGGGGGCAGCCACGGAGGACUGCUCUGCCCCCCAGCAGCUGGAGCUGGCGGAUGGCAGCAAGGGGGGCCCCUCCCCCAGCCAGCCCGCCCGUGUGGCCCCCGGGAAGAAGGCCCUGCCCCCGCUGGAGCUGCCCCGAGCGGGCAGCACGCCAGGCGACGGCGAGGAGGACGAGGGCAUCCACAGCCCCGACGGCAGCGACAUCAGCGACAGCGUCUCCGAGGGCAGCGACGACUCCGGGCUCAACGGCCUCACGGGCCACGCCCCCAAUAAAGAUAGCCCCUCCCAGACUGAGAUGGCACAUGCGCCGGUGGAGGAAAGCCACACCCCCUCCAAACUCACGAGUCACACCUGCAUCUUCUGCGACCGCGCGUUCCCUGUAGAGGUGGAGUACCGACGCCACCUGAACCGGCACCUGGUGAACGUGUACUACCUGGAGAGCGCCGUCAGUGAGGAGCAGUGAACCCGCCGUGCCCUGGGGGGGGACGGGGGGGACGGGGGGGGGCAGGCCCCAGGCUCUCACACUGUACUAUGGAUCGCUUCCGGCAUUUUAUGAUGUCAGAAGCCAGUCAUUUUUCCUAAUGCUUUUAAAUUCGGUGUCUCUUUUAUAACUUUUGUAUUUCCUGUUUGUGAUUCAUAGUAAUUGUCUUUUUCUCAGCUUUCCCAGAGUGAAAGACGCUACAUCCUCAGUGCAGUGGAGACAGGAGCUUAUCUUGCUGUGUGUUCCCCUUUAUUGUGUUCUUGAAGGCCGGUGUGACGUAGCUUUACAGAGACGAGCAUCCAAAUUCUCCCAAACUGGCUCAACGUCAUUGGCUCUGUGUCGAUUUGUGUCUCUCUUCCUGGCCCAAAACUUUAUUCCAGUUGCACUGGAUCACAAAAAAAAAGUAUAAUUACAUGUAUAUUCAGGGUUUGUGAGAUGGACGAAUCAUGGGAAGGAUUCUCUUGUGAUAUCACUGUUUGCCGCUGUUACCAUGACGUCAGUGGAAUAUGGGAUUAUCUUGAGAACAGCGGAAAGACUCUUGAAUUCCAGAAUUCCUGUUGGUGUUUCCAUGUAACCCUGGCAACCAGAGCCUUUGAAGGACUGUUUCCUGUUGGAAUGAGCUUCCAUUUCUUUACUCUGGGUCAGAGGUGGGCAGUUCCGGUGUGUGCGCAGCUUUUUGUUUCCACCAAUUGCCCUGGCUAUAUGAGCUAACUGACUGUUUACCCCAACACUGGUUCACUCAUAGAGGGACACAUAAAAACAGUCAUUCGUGUGCCAAUCUAAAAUGUAGUUUAAAAUGUUAUGGGCUAACUGAGUCAUUAAGGCCAGAAGUUGGCAUGAAAACCGGACAGACAUGCUCACCUCUGCUCUGGAUCAUCCUGGCCAAGAACAGCAGUGAGUAGCGCUGCCCCUGCUGGAAAAAGGUGGCACGACGCUUAUGGAUGUUUCUAAAAUGAAAAAGAACCAAAGACGGCCCUCAGCAUAAUAACAGGGCUUGUGUUUUUGUUUUUGUUUGUUUUGUUUUUUUCCUCAGUUCAGUGAAAGAAGCUCACGUUUGGCCUGGAAAUAGCACCAGUCGUUCUGACUUGUUCCCACUUCACCCAGCUGCCAGUGACUGUGUGCCUGCCAUGCUUUCUGAUUUCUUUGAGCACUUUUGAAAGAACGUGUAUUCCUUAACACACUUUUAAAAAAUGUAAUAAAAACAUAUCGUUUUUAUUUGUAGCUGUAGUUUAGUUUUAAGAUACUGGAGUGUGUGUGUUUUUCCACACAGCCUCCAAACUCUAUGCAGUGGAACAAAUAUUAAUUUGGUCUGCUCUGACCCGAUAGCCCUACCUUCUGUCCCGAUGCUUCUGUUCAGGCAGGCAGUGUUUCCCUCUGUCGGUCAAGAGCUCAAGAAGGGGUAGUGACAGUUGGCAAGUCAAGGCCAACUCAACACAUAUGUACAAAAUAUCAGAUAGGGGUUGUAGGUAGACAUCUUGCUGUUUUAUGUUCAACGGAGUUGAGUAGGUUUCCCUUUGAUAGCUGAAUUAUAUUUCUGUGUACAGCAUAUUUUAUUGUAGAUGGACUCUUUUUAUUGCAGUUGGGGUUGCUAUUCAUUUAUAUUCAUGUGAAAAUGUACAUAUUUUAUAAAAUUUUCUUUGUUCAACAUUAAAUAGUUUCUUGAGCAGAUAAGUUCAUUGUGAACCAUUUUGUGGUCACAUCAUGUUUGUGCUGGUAGUGAUUCAGGUCAAAUAAUCUGGAUGAGAAAAAAAAACUGUCUUCAAACAUGAGCCUUGCUACCAGCAAUGGCAAAACUCCUGAUUUUUUAACCGUGAGUUACCCGUUUAACUGUUGAUCACAAAACAUGACUUCUGGGGAUGUGCGGUAUCAUUGUGUGACUGGUCAUGGUGGGGUCAUUGUGUGACUGGUCAUGGCGGGGUCAUUGUGUGAUUGGUCAGGCAGGAUCACUGUGUGAUUGGUCAUUGCGGGAUCAUUGUGUGAUUGGUCAGGCAGGAUCACUGUGUGAUUGGUCAGGCAGGAUCACUGUGUGAUUCGUCAUGGCGGGGUCAUGGCGGGAUCAUUGUGUGACUGGUCAGGCAGGAUCAUUGUGUGAUUGGUCAGGCAGGAUCACUGUGUGAUUGGUCGUGGCGGGGUCAUGGCGGGAUCAUUGUGUGACUGGUCAGGCAGGAUCAUUGUGUGAUUGGUCAGGCAGGAUCACUGUGUGAUUGGUCGUGGCGGGGUCAUUGUAUGAUUGGUCAUGGGGGGGUCAUGGCGGGAUCAUUGUGUGACUGGUCAGGCAGGAUCAUUGUGUGAUUGGUCGUGGCGGGGUCAUUGUAUGAUUGGUCAUGGGGGGGUCAUUGUGUGAUUGGUCACGGAAGGGGUCAUUGUGUGAUUGGUCAAGGCGGGCCCUCUAUGUCCUGUGCUGAUCAGCUCUGCUUUUCGGAAAAAGGAGGCAUUGUGGAUGGGAAGAGGAACGAGGUUCUGAGCAGUACAUGUGAUGAAUAAAAUGAUUGUUUUUUCAUUUCAUGUUUUCUUCUUUUUGAGAAAAUGUCCAAAGAUUUAAGAAAAAAAGUAUUCCAUUGUUUUACUGUUGCUGCUGAAAGAUGCAGGCUUGUUUUUUUUAUGCCCAAAACGUGUUCUGUGACAUCUUUGACAAUCAGUCUACGAUCGGUUCAUUGCCAAUUUGUAAAGGUUUGCAUUGAUACUAUUAAUGAACAUUCAGUACUUUCAUUUAUUUUGAAUUCAGUUAUGGCUGCUGGCUGUCAGUGUAGCCAAGCGGACUUUUGAUAUGUUGUAUUCAGCUGUAAUAAUAAAGGCAAACAGUGCAACCAAUCCUGUGCGUUAAAGUUUAAAGUUUUUAAAAUCAGGAAUUCUGUUUGGAGCGUUUGCCUUAUUUGGCGAGAUUUCUCUGCCACAAAACGUGCUUCCAAAGCUGGACUUUCCAUAGAUGUUUUAAGUGAUUCAACAUGUAUUUGUCUUGUUUCUGCAGGUAAAAAGGAGCACAAGUAAAACAUUUUGUAUGUUCAUAUAAUCGGAGUGAAGUUGGUAAAGCUUGAAUAGACUGGGUGUGAAGAAACACUGAUUAGAAAGUACAGGUAAAAUAUCAGUAGAUUCAGCUUUUUGUGCGUGUGUGUGUACGUAUGUGCGUGCGUGUGUGUGUGUGCGUGCUUACGUGUGUGUGUUUGUGUGGGUGUGUCUGUGCUUUUUGAAAUUUCUCUACGAGCGCCUAUAGUGAUUUGCAUUUCCCCUGCAUUAAAAAGCAACUUGAUGUAUGACUGUAUGGCCCAUGCUUAUAGUUAAAAAAAAAAAAUCCCGUGCAAUACACAUGAGAGUGAUACCAAAGCAAGGCAAUGCAGAACUGAAAAAGAAUGUGUCCAAUUUGAGUCCCUGAGUGCAGCCAUCUUUCUUCCGAAAAUGUUGUGGUUUCAGUCCUAAAUUCUACACAGAAAUGCACUCUCGAGUGGUGAGGUUCUUCAUCACGAUGUGUAUGAACUCCCGUGCUUUAGCCCAGUGUAAAAUUAUCAUUUAUAAUUGCUCUUUUCACUUAUUGGUAGAAUUAUCAGGUAUUUCUCAUUUCUUUUUGUUUUCAGAGUGCUGGUACUGUUUUGCGUUCUGCUUUUCAUGUAAAGUCUGUAUAUUUGCAUUAUUUUUUACCAUCUGCUGUUUCUCCUGUGUGAUUAUGAGAUAUCCACUUUUUCCUGUUGAAAGUUUUUCAUUUGGCACAGUGACUGUGCCACAUACCUUUAACUGAAAAAAGUGUAGUCUGUUGCAUUAUUAGUGAUCCUUACUCUGAGUACAAUGUUUGGAUAACUUUUACUUGUGCUGAAUGAAGUGCAAAUGUUUUGUGCAUUUCAAAAAAUGAAUGAAUGAAAGCUAGAUGGUGAUAAGAAAAAUCCUGAUUCACAUUUGAUUACUCUUUUUUAUUUUUUAUUAAGACCUGUUCUCUGAUCUGUAGAUGAACUAGAAUUUCCCCAAAUGUAUCUGCUUCAAUAAAAGCUGGAGGUACUGUGGUA